CAAUAAAAUUGCAGCAGAGGCUGUCGCAAAACGUGUCUGUCGGAAUUUUUAGUUUUUUGCAUACUACCCCCAGCAUCUUUUAUCAAAUAAUAAUUGUAGAAUUUAUUUAGUUUUUUAUAAGAUUGUUAUUUUAAUUCUGUCAAAUUGUAUCAACUUUCACCAUGGCUCUAAACCCUCUGUACGAUGAUAUUGGCAAAGGAUUUGUCCAGCAAUACUACGCCAUGUUCGACGACCCAACGCAGCGAGCAAAUGUGGUUAAUUUCUACAGUGCCACCGACUCAUUUAUGUCAUUCGAAGGACUUCAAAUGCAGGGAGCCCCCAAAAUCAUGGAAAAAAUAUCCAGCCUUACGUUUCAGAAAAUCUCUCGAGUGAUUACCACUGUGGACUCGCAGCCCAUGUUCGACGGUGGCGUACUGAUCAAUGUCCUUGGCCGUUUACAGUGUGACGAAGACCCUCCACAUGCGUUCUGUCAAACUUUUGUUUUAAAACCCCUGGGUGGAACAUUCUUUUGUGCUCACGACAUUUUCCGUUUAAAUAUUCACAACACUGCAUAAAUCAGCUCAAAAUCAACACACAAUAACCAUCAUCACCACUAACUAUCCUGUCUAUUGCCUAUCUGGGUGGGGUCGUUGUGAGUUUUAAACUCAGUUAGCUGGAGGAGUAGGAGGAGGAUCUGCUGUGCUGUGGCGCUGCUAGCCGCUUAGCCUUAAUUGUAUUGUCGCCGGCUUGUCCAUAGACCCGUAAAUGCGAAAUUAUAACCUAACACUUUUAUUGUAAGUCUGAAAUAAAUAAAAAAAGAUUUGUUUUCAAGCAUCUUA